GUGGGGGCCGUGCUCGGGGUGCCCACCUGCCGCCGGGGCGCACGCAGGGCGCGGGCUUCUAGCUGGGCAGCGGCUGCGGGCCCCAAGGCUCGCCGACCAGUGCUCCCCGCCCCCGGGAGGGACUGAGGGAGGACCCGCCCCCAGCCCCGGCCCAGCCUAGCCGCAGCCCAGCAGGGCAGCCCGGGGGAGGCGCGGGGAGCAGGCCGGCACCACCCGGGAGCGGAGGAACCUGUUUGGCAGGUCCCGGGGAGCGCACAGCGGAGGACGGCCGCCUCGGAAGGGCGGGCGGGGGAGGGCCGGGGCAGUGGGGAGCCGCGAGGCCCGGAGCCGCCGCCACUGCACCGACACGCCGCCCGCCGGGCCGCGCCAGCCCCUCGCAUGGAGCGCUAGGCGGCCGUGUGCGCAGCGAGCGCGGAGAGUGCGCCCCGCCGAUGCCCCUGCCGGGCCCGGGAGGUCAGGUAGUUCCAAUUUGCCAGCAGAAUGAGUACAGGAAGAGACUCAGAAACAACAUUUGAGGAAGACUCUCAGCCCAAUGAUGAAGUGGUACCCUACAGUGAUGAUGAGACGGAAGAUGAACUGGAAGACCAGGGACCUGCUGUUGAACCAGAACAGAACAGAGUGAACAGAGAAACAGAGGAAAAGCGGGAGACAUUCAAGAAAGACUGUACAUGGCAAGUCAAAGCAAAUGACCGAAGCUUCCACGAACAACCUCAGUUUAUGAACACAAAGUUCUUUUGUAUUAAGGAGAGCAAAUAUUCGAGUAAUGCAAUUAAAACCUACAAGUAUAAUGCCUUCACCUUUCUACCAAUGAAUUUGUUUGAGCAGUUUAAGAGAGCAGCCAACUUCUACUUCCUGGUCCUUCUUAUCUUACAGGCUAUCCCUCAGAUCACAACCCUGGCAUGGUACACCACUUUGGUGCCCUUGCUCAUGGUGCUGGGCAUCACGGCCAUCAAAGACCUAGUGGACGAUGUGGCUCGCCAUAAAAUGGACAAGGAAAUCAACAAUAGGACAUGUGAAGUCAUUAAGGAUGGCAGAUUCAAAACUGCCAAAUGGAAAGAGGUCCAAGUUGGAGAUGUCAUCCGUCUGAAGAAAAAUGAUUUUAUUCCGGCUGACAUUCUGCUGCUGUCCAGCUCAGAGCCAAACAGCCUCUGCUAUGUAGAAACGGCUGAACUCGACGGGGAAACCAAUUUAAAGUUCAGGAUGGCACUCGAAAGCACACAUGAACAUCUCCAAAGAGAACAUUCUUUGGCAGCAUUUGACGGUUUUAUUGAAUGUGAAGAACCCAACAACAGACUAGACAAGUUUACAGGAACACUAUUUUGGAGAAACAUGAGUUUUCCUUUGGAUGCUGAUAAGAUUUUGUUACGUGGCUGUGUGAUCAGGAACACCGAUUUCUGCCAUGGAUUGGUCAUUUUUGCAGGUGCUGACACUAAAAUAAUGAGGAACAGUGGGAAAACCAGAUUUAAAAGAACUAAAAUUGACUACUUGAUGAACUACAUGGUUUAUACGAUCUUCGUUGUUCUGAUCCUGCUUUCUGCUGGCCUUGCUAUUGGCCAUGCUUACUGGGAAGCUCAAGUUGGCAACUAUUCCUGGUACCUCUACGAUGGAGAAGAUGCUACCCCCUCCUACCGUGGCUUCCUCAAUUUCUGGGGCUACAUCAUCGUUCUCAACACCAUGGUGCCUAUCUCUCUCUACGUUAGUGUGGAAGUCAUCCGUCUUGGGCAGAGCUACUUCAUCAACUGGGACCUGCAGAUGUACUACCCCGAGAAGGACACACCAGCCAAGGCAAGGACCACCACCCUCAAUGAGCAGCUCGGCCAGAUCCAUUACAUCUUCUCUGAUAAGACGGGAACUCUCACACAGAACAUCAUGACCUUUAAAAAGUGCUGCAUCAAUGGACAAAUCUACGGAGACCCUCGGGAUGUCUCGCUACACAGUCACAGCAAGAUAGAGCAAGUUGAUUUUAGCUGGAAUACAUAUGCUGAUGGGAAGCUUGCAUUUUAUGACCAUUAUCUUAUUGAGCAAAUCCAGACGGGGAAGGAGUCUGAAGUCCGACAGUUCUUCUUCUUGCUUGCAAUUUGCCACACAGUCAUGGUGGAAAGAAUUGAUGGUCAGCUCAACUACCAGGCAGCCUCCCCUGAUGAGGGUGCGCUGGUUAGCGCCGCCAGGAACUUUGGUUUUGCCUUCCUCGCCCGGACCCAGAACACCAUAACCAUCAGUGAGAUGGGAACUAAAAGGACCUACCAUGUGCUCGCCAUCUUGGAUUUCAACAGUGAUCGGAAGCGGAUGUCCAUCAUUGUACGAACCCCAGAAGGCAAUAUCAGGCUUUAUUGCAAAGGUGCUGACACUGUGAUUUAUGAGAGGUUGCAUCCAAUGAACCCUACAAAACAAGAGACCCAGGACGCCCUGGAUAUUUUUGCAAAUGAGACUCUUAGAACUCUGUGCCUUUGCUACAAGGAAAUUGAAGAAAAAGAAUUUGCAGAAUGGAAUAAAAAGUUUGUGGCUGCCAGUGUAGCCCCAACGAACCGAGAUGAAGCUCUGGAUAAAGUAUAUGAGGAGAUUGAAAAAGAUCUAAUUCUAUUGGGAGCAACAGCUAUUGAGGACAAGCUACAGGAUGGAGUCCCAGAAACCAUUUCAAAACUUGCAAAAGCAGACAUUAAGAUCUGGGUGCUUACUGGAGACAAAAAGGAAACUGCUGAAAAUAUAGGAUUUGCUUGUGAGCUUCUGACUGAAGAGACCACUAUUUGCUAUGGGGAGGAUAUCAGUUCUCUUCUUCACACAAGGAUGGAAAACCAGAGAAAUAGAGGUGGAGUUUAUGCGAAACUUAUACCCCCAGUGCAUGAACCAUUUUUUACACCUGGCGAAAACCGUGCCUUAAUAAUUACUGGUUCUUGGUUGAAUGAAAUUCUUCUAGAAAAAAAGACGAAGAGAAGCAAAAUUCUGAAGCUGAAGUUCCCGAGGACAGAAGAGGAAAGGCGGAUGCGUUCACAGAGUAAAAGGAGGCUAGAGAUCAAAAAAGAGCAGCAGCAGAAGAACUUUGUGGACCUGGCCUGCGAGUGCAGUGCUGUCAUCUGCUGCCGGGUCACCCCCAAGCAGAAGGCCAUGGUGGUGGACCUGGUGAAGAGAUACAAAAAGGCCGUCACGCUGGCCAUCGGAGACGGAGCCAACGACGUCAACAUGAUCAAAACUGCCCACAUCGGUGUUGGAAUAAGUGGACAAGAAGGCAUGCAAGCUGUCAUGUCAAGCGACUAUUCCUUUGCCCAGUUCAGAUAUUUGCAGAGACUCUUGUUAGUGCACGGCCGGUGGUCUUACAUCAGGAUGUGCAAGUUUCUUCGAUACUUCUUUUAUAAAAACUUUGCAUUUACAUUGGUUCACUUCUGGUACUCCUUCUUCAAUGGGUACUCAGCACAGACUGCAUAUGAAGACUGGUUCAUCACCCUCUACAAUGUGCUGUACUCCAGCCUGCCCGUGCUCCUCAUGGGGCUGUUGGACCAGGAUGUGAGUGACAAACUGAGCCUCCGCUUCCCUGGGUUGUAUGUGGUGGGACAGAGAGACUUGCUAUUCAACUAUAAGAGAUUCUUCGUAAGCUUGCUGCAUGGAGUUUUAACAUCAAUGGUCCUCUUCUUCAUACCUCUUGGAGCUUAUCUACAAACCGUGGGCCAGGAUGGAGAGGCACCGUCAGAUUACCAAUCUUUUGCUGUCACAAUUGCUUCUGCUCUUAUAAUAACAGUCAAUUUCCAGAUUGGCUUGGAUACCUCUUAUUGGACUUUUGUGAAUGCUUUUUCCAUUUUUGGAAGCAUCGCACUGUAUUUUGGCAUCAUGUUUGACUUUCACAGCGCUGGGAUACAUGUUCUCUUUCCAUCUGCAUUUCAGUUUACAGGCACAGCUUCCAAUGCUCUCAGACAGCCGUACAUCUGGUUGACCAUUAUUUUGACAGUUGCCGUGUGCUUACUGCCCGUCGUUGCCAUACGAUUCCUUUCCAUGACCAUUUGGCCAUCAGAAAGUGAUAAGAUCCAGAAGCAUCGCAAGCGGUUAAAAGCAGAGGAGCAGUGGAAACGGCGGCCAAGCAUGUUCCGCAGAGGUGCCUCCUCGAGGCGCUCAGCCUACGCUUUCUCCCACCAGCGGGGCUACGCGGACCUCAUCUCCUCUGGGCGCAGCAUCCGCCGGAAGCGCUCCCCGCUGGACGCCAUCAUCGCCGACGGUACGGCAGAGUACCGGCGCACGGUGGAGAGUUGAUGCGCUGCCGCCUGGCGGCCUGCAGGGGGCGCGCCCACAGAAGGACAUGUAUAUUUUUUUACGAAAGACUCUCAGGACUUUUUUUAUUUUAAUUGAAUUUGUCACAAGAAUGAUGGCAACAAGAACCUUUAUAACGAAUGACUUGGGUUGGGCUAUUAAGCAAUAAUAGCACAGCUGAGGCUGCCUUUUUUUUUGUAAAUCCUAUUAUUCAACUGUUUAUGUUCAUGAUGAUUCAAAGGGAACAUUUUUUCACCUGAUCUCAUUCUAAAACAAAAUUAGGAAACACCUUGUGUUCUGAUUCAGAUGGUGUUGCCUUAUAUGUUUUUUUUAAAAAAUCACUAUUAGAUUUUCCUGUUGGGAAAUUUCCCAGAAUCUCCUUUCCUCUGUGCCACCUCAUUCAAUCUGAGUGAUGGCAAAUGAUUCUGGAUUGUUCCUCUCCUGCUAGCUAAGUGGUCCAGUGACUCUUCCAGAGUUGUUAGUGGGCUAUAUGACUUCAUGAUCUCCUCAGAUUAGUUUAAUAAUUCAGUUUAAUGAAGGAUGCUUACUUGAGAUUUCCUAAAUACAAGAUUUCAGUCUUUUCCAAUUUACUACCUUGUUAAAAUAGCAUAUUCUUAAAAAAAAAAAAAAAAAGCAUAUUCCAUAAGUUUACUCUUAAUUUUUUCAAUUGUCUUUAGCCACUUCUUGUACCAACAUCUUAUUCCUUACUUUCAUUUGAAAAUGAUACAUUUAAAUAUUCAUGGGCUUUUUUUUAAAAAAGUUUUUUAAAAACUGAAGUUAUCAGUGAUUAACUGCAGACUAUUCUUCAAAGCUUUCUUUUGAAAAGCAAACUUUGUGCCUGCAACUAUGUGCUUUAUAAGGGAUUUGAAUGAGACCUCACUUUUUCACUUUUUGUCUGGAGAGAAAAGUCUGUUAUUAAUAACAUUUUUAAGACAUAGGGAUAGUGUGUCUUUAAAAAAAAAAUUCUAGGGAGUCGGGCGGUAGUGCAGCGGGUUAAGCGCAUGUGUCACAAAGCAUAAGGACCGUCCUAAGGAUCCCGGUUCGAGCCCCUGGCUCCCCACCUGCAUGGGAGUCCCUUCACAGGAGGUGAAGCAGGUCUACAGGUGUCUUUCUCUCCUCCUCCCUGUCUUCCCCUCCUCUCUCCAUUUUCUCUCUGUCCUUUCCAACAACAACUACAAAAAUAAAACAAGGGCAACAAAAGGGAAUAAAUAAAUAAAUAAAUAUUCUGGAUAAUUAUGGAAACUACAGAUCUUCCCCAACUUCUAAUAAAAUUACAUCCUAAUACAUCUAUCAUAAUUUGAAAAUAUCAUACAUUCAAAAUGUAUCUUACACCUAAUAUCAUAACUCAGACCAGCUUAUAUGUGCUUAUUUAUUUGGGCAAAAAUAUUUAGCAAAAAGAUUGUUUUAUAAUAAAAUGUUAGCAAGUUCAUGUAACCUAUUGAAUGUUAUGACAGUGAAAAGCAGAAUUCCAGAUAUAAUAUUCAAUGAAUGAGUCCAAAAUUAAGAAUAGUUUCUCUGGAGUGAAAUAGCUUUUGUACCAUCCUAAUAUUGAAAAAUCAUACAUCAAACCAUCAUAAGUCCGGAACCACCUAUCUGUAUACUCAAAGAAGCAGUAGAAGUAAUUGUUUCAUGGGCCUCAUUUUAUGUCAUUCCCCCCAACCCAUUCUGUUUUCUAGAAAUAUUCAGAAGUAUUCUAAAUAACCCUGUUCUUUACCCUUAGGCUGUGAAUGUCCAAAAUGUCUCUCCCUUUGAAUUCCUCUGAGGAAAUCAUAGCAUGUAUAUGGCACGUUUUCUAGGUGUGAGAAAGGAAUGUAUGGCUCUUUAGUCUAUGGAAGCAAAUUUCUGAAAGUUUACAACUUUUCUGCAUCCUGUAAAUAAGAAUUGUGUGUUGUUGUUUUUUUAAGUUAGUUUGUGUAAUUGUCAGUUUCAAAUUUCUCUCCCGUUUUGCGAAUUGUGGGAAAGGUCGACAAUGCAAAUGUGUCAAAGACUUUACACUGUUGGGUGCAAUAUUAACAAUUCAAAAAUGCAAAUUGCUUUGAAUAAAUUAUUUAUAUUCUGUAAAUCUGAGAUUUAAUGUAUAUUUUUGUUUAAAAAAUAAAUGCUUUAGUAAAAUCUU